AACAAUUCGUCAACAUUUAGUGAUAGUUACAGAAUUACUCUAGUCUAAAUAGACGAUAACGAUUUGUUAUUAAGCAAACGUAUAAAUAUCAGUGCAUUUCGUUGUAUGUAUUGAAAUAGAUCGUGAAGUUCGAAAUGGCAAGAAAAUUACAUUACUUCGACCUAAACGGUCUCGCUGAGCCAAUUAGGUACAUCCUGCACUAUGGAAAGCAUAAGUUCGAAGAUGUGAGAUACCGAUACAAGGACUGGCCAAUCAAGAGCGUCAAAGACUCACUUCCAUACGGUCAAUUGCCUCUUUAUGAAGAAGGUGAUCGUACCCUGAACCAAUCACUUGCCAUCGCUCGUUAUCUUGCAAACACCAAUAAUCUCUUACCAAGCGAUCCCUGGGAACAAGCUGUCUUGGAUUCUGUUGUAUUCAAUAUCUACGACUUCUGGCAGCGUGUGAUAGCCUAUAUCAAGGAACAAGAUGUCGCUAAAAAACAAGCGAUAAAGAAAGAAAUCCUAACAGAAACUAUUGAUUAUUUCUUUUCAAGAUUCGAAAAAGAUUUGAAGAACAACAAUGGUUUCUUCGGAGGAAAGCUGAGCUGGGCUGACUUCAUCUUCGUUGGCAUCGUAGAAUCAACAAAUCUAUUCCUAGGAGAGGAAAUCGAACGCAAAUACCCACACGCCGUAGCGCUCAUUCAAAAGAUUAGAAAUUUACCCGGCGUCAAGGAGUACGUUGCAACUAGAAAACCUUACGUCUUGUAAAUUAAUUAAAAGGUUAAUUUAAAUUUCGAAUGUAAUGAUUAAAAUCUCAUUAUCUCGGUCUGUAUAGCGAUGUAAAAGAUACAGGUUCAAUCUUGAGUCCUUAGGCAUAUCCACAAUUUAAAACUGAAACGGAAAUAGAAAUAUUAAUAAUUCCUCAAACACUUAAAUAUUGCUGCAUCUUUAUUAUAAAAGAAAUUGAAUUG